AUGUAUCAGUGGAACGGAAGAGGAUAUGCGAUCAACAUCGCCGGCGUGUUCCCGACGCUGACUCCGGUCGUGAACCCGGAAACGAUGCAGCCGAACGUGGUGGAAGGCCAGAUGCGGUGCCCCUUCGUGCAGAGGUGCAAGGAACGUGAACGAACGAACGAACGAACGUUCGGAGGUUCGGUUCGGUUCGGUCCGGAUUCCGAGUCCGAGUUCAUGGUAAACACGUGA